ACAGUGUCCGUGUUCGCGGGGCCGUCAACUUCGGCGUGUUCUUCAUGCAGCGUCGCAUUCUCUACUUCUCUUCACGUCCACGUUCACAAUGAUUGUAUUUUCGGGAGUAAAUCGAUGUGCUUGUUGGGCAGUAGUUAUUGACGACUAUCUGUGAUGCGAGAACUUCUUCUAUGAUGGUCAGGCUUGCACUUUUCCAUUUCUCAAACUUGAGGAGGGAGCCUGACACCUUUCUUCUCAUUCUUCUUCUCUGUCGACUCACUCUUAUAGGUGGAGAGUCAGACGACGCGUCAGAGCUGCAGGUGGGCAUCCAGCAAGAGGCACGCCUGGACUGCGACCUGUCAAUGGUGGGGGGUGCGGUGAGGUGGAGGCACAACGGGCAGGAGGCCGAGUCCAACCUGUGGGACUCCCUCACCGGCCGCCUCUUCCUGCAUUCCACCCGGGCGCACCACGCUGGCCUCUGGCAGUGUGAGGACACCAUCUCAGGCCGCCGGGCGCAGCCCAUAAGGCUUGUCGUUCUGGAAGCACCCUCGGCACUGUACCUGGUGGUGGAAGGCCGGCGCCUGGACCCGGGCAACGAGUUCAUCCCGGUGAAGGAGAAGACGGCGCUGGAAGUGGAGUGCGUGGCCGAGGGCGGCGCGCCUGCGGGUGCGGCACGGCUUGGCUGGGCACUGCGGGGGGCGGCACUCGAUGCUGCUGCCUCCACAGGCCCCAACCGGUCCACUGCCUCCAUUCCGCAGCUGCAGCGUCGUCACCACAAUGCCACCCUCGCCUGUCUGCUAGCACAUCCCGCCCUCCCCGCCACUGCCAACGCUUCUAUACGCCUCGAUGUUCAAUAUGCCCCUUCAUUUGGUAUCAGUAGAAUACCUGGAUUUGGAACACCACUACGGGAAGGAAUAUCUGUAUCGCUCAAGUGUGAUGUUGACUCCAACCCGCCAGCAAAACCUGUAUGGAAAAAAGAUGAAGGCCUACCACCCGUGCCUCAAUCCGAAGAUGGCUAUCUGAAUUUCACAGUAAUUAGAAAAGAGCACAGCGGAUGGUACAAGUGUACGACAAGACAUGUUCUAGGAGAAUUCUCCUCUAUCGGCUAUUUCCUCAGCGUUAGAGAGGAAGUGCCGGAGGUGGAGUUGGAGACGACAGAGAGCCAGGGCGGCGGCGGCAUAGUGGAGGUGGCCCUGGGAGGCGCGGUGCAACUGCAGUGCCCUGCGGGAGCGGCAGGCUGCUGGGGGCGGGUGGCUGCUGGAGGCCGCAUGGAACCUCUGGGGGCGGGACCGUCACUGCAUCUCAACCAUGUGCUCUAUCAGGAGUCCGGCCAGUACCGGUGUCUAGAGCCUCUGCCGCCUUCACCCUCCCUGGAGCAUUGGCGGGCUCACAACGUCCAGGUGUCCGUCACAGGUCGACCAAUGACGUAUCCUAGUAGCAAGACUCUGAGAGCUCAAGCUGGCCACAAAAUUGUGAUGGAGGUGGAAUUGUGUGCAAAUCCUGCUCCUACAAAAGUGGUCUGGUUAGCGGACUCAAAGGUGCUCUAUCCAGGACAAGCCUCUGAUCGGGUGCUGGCGCAUCAACUCACUGAAGGCAGCUCGAUAAGUUGCCAGCACGCGAAGCUGUCGGUGAGCGAAGCGAGACCGCUGGACACGGGAGAGUACUCUCUGCUGGUGCGGACGCCGAAAGGGGUCGCCGAAUCCGUGUUCCACGUGCAAGUGACGGGCGAAUGGCUGACCACCGAGCCACCUCUCGAGCCCAGUCGAGCCGUCUCAACCACCCCGCUCCUCUCUCUCACUAUCGUCUCUUGCUUUCUCAUGUACAGGCACUUCCUGUUAUCAACCAUUGUCAGACUCUGACAUUACUGAACAGCGUUGCACAAAGCCGACUUUCAGGGCUGAACAUCUUUUGUAAAAAUAUGUAUUAUAAUAUUACGAGGAAACUGAGUGUCUUGUGAAUAUAAAUGACUGCCAUAGAUUUUGUAGAAGUGCGGGGUACGUACUCUAAUCGAUACUAGUCAAGUGGAACUGGAGAAUAGUCAUGAAUAUAUUAAAUUUCUCAAUACUAGUCAACUAGAAAAUUGACCUGUGCCCAGGGCUAGUAAAAGUCAAUGUUGCCGACUAUUAGUUCGGAAUGAGGGAUCCUUCUUGAGAAAAACCUCUUUGCAACGAUAUCAGCUCAAGCUGAGUUACUGAAUAUAGAGAUUAAAUCUUGAACUACACAUAUUUGAUUUUGUUUAAAGGAGGAAUCAAUUAAAAUUCAUGUAAAAUACAUGUGUAAGUAGUGAGUGAGUUGAGUAAAACUUGGUUUCAAACUUCCUCCUAACCAAAUUUGGUUUGUCAGAUGAUGUAUUUGUUUGCUUUUGUUUCAAAUAUUGGAAAGAUAUCUUGUAAUCCUGUAUCCUAUCUUGGAAAAUAAUAUUGUAAUCCUGUUUUUCCCUUUCUUCCUACUGUUUGAUGAUCUAGGAUCUCACACGCCGGCAGAAAAUAAACAGCGUUCUACCAUCCAUUUAACAGAUGUUGAGCAGCAAAACCACUGAAUAUCCCGUGUUAUCAGGGAGGUUCGAUCGCUCUUCUAAUGAAUGGUUUUCAAUUUAUCAUGUUAUCUACUUGGAACUGACAUUCGUCUCUGUUUAUAACUCUAGGUUCAACAAAGAUGAGGCUGAAAGUUUUAGAAUCAAUAUUGCAAGAGUCGAAGUAUGAAGUAUUGUAAAUUUGUUAUACCCUCUUGACUAGUACUAAUAAUAAUAUUGAUAACAGUGGAAAAUUAAUUUAUAUGAAAAAUAUCAUGUAGAGUAGGUACUCCGCUACUUCUCACUAGUUAAUUGCGACUUUAGUUGUUGGAAAUAUUUUAUUUUUAUGCAUAAUGUUUUUAAUAUGUGACAACGAUAUUAAAGUGUCUUUUUGAACUUAAUUGCUUUGUAUGGGAGAACACAAUGUUAUUUAAAUUGCGAUGUGAUGAUGGUUUAAUACUCGUACACUGCAAUUAUCGAGUACAGCUUUUUUCAAACAAUAUUAUAAUAUAAUCGGCUUGUGCCAGAUAUUUUUAAUAAUAUAAGCCAAUUUACAUAAAUGGAUUGUAUAAAUAAGAAAAAUAUUAUUGAGAAGAAACAACUUCUACUGGAUUAUUUUCUAUGAGAUAAUAUGAUUUGACAACUUGAUGAUUAGAAUUUCACAUAAUGCAUUUCAACAGUAAGCUCGAGUGAGAGUUCAACCAUUGAAUACGGAUUAAUCUAUAGGCUGGUUUAAAUAGCUACUGCACCUAAUGGAAUGUUCCAAUAAACAAGAUUAUCAAUAUAAAUCUUCAACCAGAUGAGUUCAUUGAUAAAACUUAUGAGAAAUCGUCAUUCAAAUAAAUUUAUAAAUGAAACGGAUAACUAUUUUCGAAAACUAUUUUCAAAAACGAACAUGGCUGAGUUCUAUUUGGUUGCCAUUCAAGCGAACAGUAGAAUAAUUUCGAUUGAUUGCUGUCAAUGAUUGUGUGGCAACUAAACCAAAUUUAGAACUUAAGGAUAUGAGUUGAGUUAAUUCUUGAGAAUCGUUUGAAAAUAGGCCCAUUGCUCUGAAUAGAUUUCAAUUUCUAUCAAGUCAGUAAAUUUAUUGAAAUUUUCGCCUAUUCAGGAAAACAUUUCCCCAGUACAUUCUAGCAGGAACUAGAUGGAUAUCGACUUGUCAAAUCAUAUGAAUUAGGUACUCGAAUUAUUUCGAAAAUAGCAUCUAAUCAGCUUCCAUUAUAAAGUGUUGUUAUUGUAGUCAACCAAAAAUACCAUACCGUAUUGACUUUCAGUUGAGAGAAAUCGAUUGUGAAUUUCCAAACGUCUGUGUGUAAGAAGUAUAGUAUAGUAGUGGUUCAAUGGUAUUUUAUUUGAAAUCAUGAUUUAAAUGAGAUGUUCGCAAGUAUUGAAGGAUUCUUACAAUAGCUAAAGGUCGUUCAAACUAUCAGACUAAGUUGAUUCGAACAUUUCAAUUUCAGCACUCCGCCAAACACAAUAAUUUAUGUUUUAAUAGCUGAUCUCGGACUUAUUUGGAAAUUACAGACAAUAAUUUUUUUCUUUUUAUCAAUUAUUGUUCUGUCAUGAAAUCAAACUCCUGAAUAUUCAAUUCUUCAAGAUUCUCAUCCUCGAAGGCUGCAGCAACAUGGUCUGUAUCAAUAUACUAUGAUAAACCUUUAUAAAUCGUGAACCUUUACGAUUUAAUACUUCUGGAAUGAAGAGCAAUAGACUAUUUUUCGAAAUAACAAUCCUGAAUUUCCACCGAAUUUUCUAUUAUUUUGAUACAUUGUGGAUUUUUCACGGUCAAUUUUAACAGAACAACUGGAUUUGCAGUGUUAAAAUUGACCAUUUGAAGAAUUACAAUUGAACUCAACUUACAACUACUCUGACUGAUGGUCAAAAAUAACUUACAAAAAAUAUUAUAGUAGUAGGAGAAUUAAGAGUAUUAUCAAUGCAGUCAAAAAACAGAUGAUUGAUGUGAAAGAUCUCUCACAGUCAUCGACCCUUUUAGACAGUAUUAAAAAUCGUCAAACACUCUGCUCUAGAUUCAACAAAUUCAAGUUCGGAUAUUCAUUGUUGUUUCGUUCAAAUAGCACCCAUCGAAACUGAGUGCAGUUUAUUUGCCGGAGCGGUGUGGAAAGUUGAAAGAGCCGCUGCUUUAAUAUUGAUCCAUCGGCAUCGGAAUAGAGUUUUUAGCCUACUUAGACUUGGUUGACGCGAUCGUAAGCUUGUCAAGAACAAAGUUUCUGGAAGUCGUUCCAUGAGUUUUAUGACUUUUGAACUAGCAGAGUACCGUUCGAAUAUUAAACAAGUAAUUCGCCAACACUGCCAAUUCUCACCACUCGCGCCGCCAGCUCAAGCAAACUUCUUUCAUUCUCAGCGGUGGUCGCUGAACAAGUGCUUUCAUUCAACAUCUCUUUUCAAUUCUUCACUCCAAAAUGAAACAUUUAUUCAUUGUGUCGAUUAUAACUACAGAUAUUGGAGAAAAGUACAGCGUUCCAUCUGUUUUUCAGCUCUUCUCACAAUUGAACAAAUUUAUGUUUGCUCGUUAGUCAACUAGUCAGUAUUUUAUCGUUAUGAGUAUCAAAUUAUAUAUUUAAUUAAUCAUUGAAUAAUGAAAAACGUAAUGUAUAUUGGUUUAUCGCUACUCAAGAUAUCACAAAUCAUUGGGAUUGGAUCUACGAAUCUUAUUCAAAAAUAGAUCCUGCCAAAUCCAUCGAAUUGAUCUCUAAUCAAACUUAUAGAAUAUUUUAUAAAAUAUUACAAAAUGUAUUAGCCACUACUAACUGCUUCAAUGUUUUCACUAGAUGAUUGUCAAUUAUAUGUGACCUAGUUCUAGGUGAGGAGUUGUUCUGUUUUGGCCUAAUUUAAAAUCACCAAUGUUUGUAAUGUAAAAUGAUUGCCUAUUUAUAAGAUAAAGAUGUGUAAUUUAUACUAAUAGAUUUAAAGUGUUGGAAAUAGUUAUAAGUCAAUGUAAAAGUUAUUAUAUGAUGAUAUCACGAUUAAACAAUAAGUUAUGCAACAUUUCAAUUUUUUACACAGGGAUGACACAAUAUUAUAAUUCAAUAACUAGUAUUCUCGAAAUCCAUGAAGUGAUAUAUGCCAUGCAUUAAUGGAGAACACCAAUUUUUAUAAAAGAUCUAUUGUUUCAAUAUUCAUUUAUAUUGAAAAUGAUAUCAUUAUAUGUUAUUUAUUUUUGGCCCUACUCCUAGAUACUUGAGCCAAUUUGAGGCAACAAAUAAUUCUCAAUCAAAUUCAGAUUGUCUAGUCAUAGUACAUAAUGUACCAUCCGAUUGAGGUAGGAGUGACUCACUUCAAUAUGUUAAGUUUACUAUUACGUAUAAGUAAUAGCGUAUCCUCCGAAAUAAAAGUAUACUUGAUAAAUUCAUAAAAAAUUAUUUUUUUCUCCGUUUCUUCCCCAUACACUACCAGAAACUAGACAGCUCUAUAAGCUUUUACAAAGAAAAUUUUAUUUCAAAUCCAACACAAUAUUGAAACAUAUUCAAUUCCUCAUUCGAAAAACUUCAGUAGGCCUAUAUAUUUAUUUUCAAAUGCAAUUCUUUGUAGGUUUGAUGAUUGAAAUGUUGCACACAUGGCUGUGAAAUAUUCUGUUAUUGUAGUCAUAUAAAUAUGUUUGUAGUGUUAAGCCAAUGAAUAUUUGUGUAAUGAUUGUUAUAUAGAUGUAGAUUGAUAUGAGAAAUAAACAUUUGUAUAUCAGUAA